CAACUUCAAUUAUUCAGUAAUAAAAUAAUCAAAAAUAGGAAAAAAUGUGUGUUAAUUAUGUUAAAUAGCCAUAAGCAAGUAAUAGAUGUAGUCAGUGUAUGUGUAAUUAAUUAAUUGUGUUAAUAUAAAGGUGGAAUUUAUUCGUUAACAAGAGAGAAAAGUGAUGAUUUAUAGCAAAAGAAAUGAAAUUCUUCAUUGUGUAUUUGUGAAUUUACAAAUUAUUUAAUAAUUUGUGCCAAAAGAGAUUAGUUAAAUAAUAUUUAUUGACUGUAGAGCUGUGUGAUAAACAAUUUUGGAUCAUGAUUAUCAAUAUUGUACGCUCAACAAGCGUAUUCUUCAGUUUCUGUUUAUUUUCCUUCUUAUUAUUCACAAUUGCUUACGUAAAUGGACAAAAUGAUAAUCUGUCAAGUCCAGCACAACAACAGCCAAAUAGUAAAGUUAAUUCAAUUAACAUAAACAAUAGAAGUGUGACAAACAGUAAUAAAGAGCCACAAGCUAGUGAUAGCGUAGUGAUAAAGAAGAAAUAUUCAAAUUUGAAUAGUAAAUAUGAGACGCAGUCAUCGGUGACAUCCACAACAAGCAUUGGUCUCUUUCCUGGACCGAAAAAGAUGAGACAACCAAAGUGUACGGAUCGACAAUUUCAAUGUAAGAGCGGUGAAUGUAUUCCUAUUAAAUACAUAUGCGACGGCGAAUCAGACUGUAAGGAUAGGAGCGAUGAGGAUCCAACAGAGUGCUCUAAUAUAAAGAAUGAGUGCACUAAAGAUCAAUUUCAAUGCGACAAUGGACGCUGUAUACCAAAAAGAUGGCAAUGUGAUCAGGAGAAAGAUUGUAAUGAUGGAAGCGAUGAAGAUGCAAGCCAUUGUCAUUUAGAACAUUUGACGCACUGUCGGGACAAUGAGUUUCUCUGUAGAAAUGGAGAGUCGUGCAUACCGAGAAGUUGGGUUUGUGAUAGCUCGCCGGACUGCUCCGAUAAAUCUGAUGAGAGUCGUUGUGGUGAUGAUACCUGCCGCUCUGACGAGUUUACCUGUAAUAAUGGUAGAUGUAUACAAAAUAGAUGGGUUUGUGAUCGAGAUGAUGAUUGUGGCGAUGGAAGUGAUGAGGCGAAAUGUACACCAAAAAUGUGUGAUCCGAUUAAACAGUUUCAAUGUUCUGAAAAGUAUUGCAUUACAUCAAAAUGGCGUUGCGAUGGUGAAAUGGAUUGCCCUGAUGGAUCCGAUGAAAAGAACUGCUCAAUUAUCAUUCGACGUGAAUCCUCAUGUGUACAAGCCGAAUAUCAAUGUAAAGAUGGCAUAACAUGCAUACAUCGUUCUUGGGUGUGUGAUGGCGAGCAAGACUGUCCUGGAGGUGACGAUGAGAAGCCACCAAUUUGCCAAAACAUCACAUGUCGUGCAGAUCAAUUUCAAUGUGCAGAUAAGACAUGCAUUCACGGUCGAUUCCAUUGCUCCGGUAAAGCAGAGUGCAAAGAUGGAAGUGACGAGUUAAAUUGCCCAAUUCCAGACAGAACAUGUGACCGCAAGACAGAAUUCGAUUGUGGUGACGGCAUGUGUAUUCAGCUGUCAAAAGUUUGUGAUAAGAUACAAGAUUGUCCAAAUAUGGAAGAUGAACCGAUUGAUAAAUGUGGACGUGAUGAAUGUAAAGCGAAUAACGGCGGAUGUUCGGAUAUAUGCGUAGAUACACAGGCUGGAUUUUAUUGUGAAUGCCGGAAGGGAUAUAAAUUGUUAAGUGACAAUCGUACGUGUGAGGAUAUUAAUGAAUGUGAAAUACCUGGUUCGUGCUCCCAAUUAUGUACUAAUGAACAAGGAGGUUUUAAAUGUGAAUGUGCAUCAGGCUAUUUAAAGGAUCCACGUGAUCAUACGAAAUGUAAAGCGACCGAAGGACAUGCCUCACUUCUCUUCGCACGUCGACAUGAUAUUAGGAAAAUCUCACUCGACCACCGUGAAAUGACAUCAAUUGUUAAUGAAACACGAUCGGCCACAGCAUUAGACUAUGUUUUUCGUACUGGUAUGAUUUUCUGGAGCGACGUAACUGAACAGCGUGUCUACAAAGCACCAAUUGACGAAGGUACGGAGCAAAUUGUGGUUCUUCAGGACAAGACAGUGACAUCAGAUGGACUUGCGGUAGAUUGGAUUUACAAUCACAUUUAUUUCACUGACACAAAACGCUACACAAUUGAGAUAAUGAAUUUUGAUGGUAAUAUGGGAAAGGUACUGAUAAAAGACAACUUGGAAAUACCACGAGCAAUUGCAUUAAAUCCAUUGGAAGGCUGGAUGUUUUGGAGUGAUUGGGGAUCGAAUCCGAGAAUAGAACGUGCUGGUAUGGAUGGAACACAUCGACAAACGAUUGUUAGCUAUGAUGUGAAAUGGCCGAACGGAUUGACACUUGAUAUCGUGCAGAAGAGAAUUUACUGGGUCGAUGCUAAAUUAAAUGUAAUUUCAUCAUGUAAUUACGAUGGUACGGGACGUAAUUUAGUGCUCCAUUCAACCGAUACCCUCAGACAUCCAUUUUCAAUUACAACAUUCGAAGAUUAUGUGUAUUGGACCGAUUGGGACAAGGAGGCUGUAUUUCGUGCAAAUAAAUUCAAUGGAAAAGAUGUAGAACCUGUCACAGCAUUACAUAUGCUCCAACAUCCGAUGACAAUUCAUGUGUAUCAUCCCUAUCGACAGCCAGAUGGUGAGAAUCAUUGUCAAGCAGUGAAUGGACACUGCUCUCAUUUAUGUUUACCAGCACCCCAUAUAAACGAUAAGAGUCCGAGAAUAUCAUGUGCAUGUCCGACAGGAUUAAAACUCCUGAACGAUGGCCUGAUGUGUGUUGAAGAUGAUACCCAAACAACAACAACAACAACACCAGAGGAAGUCGAAAAUUCGAGCACAAAUCAUCACGAAACAACUGAAGUAAAAAGUAUGCAUCCGAUACAUCAUCACUCAUCAAAUAUUUAUGAUAGUGAUAAAGAUAUUUUUAGAUCGCACAGAAAAGGACGAGGAUUAAAUUUGCAUGAUAAAAUUAUCGAAAUUGAUCGACGCUUGAGUCUGGAAUAUUUGAAUAAGUCAGGUAUUUGUGACAUUUUGAAAAGAAAAGAAGCUAAUUCGUCAGAUGCAGGUUCAUCGAUAGGUGCUGGUUCACCUAAGGAUUACGCAUUGCUUCCAGUUAAUGCCUCAGAUACUUAUUAUUGGUCUUCGGUACUUGUUGAGCAUUCUGAUAAUUACCGUAAGAAAGAAGUUUUUGAGAACAUUUCUAGCGCCGACAAAAAUUUUUCACAUACAAACAUAAAAGUAUUAAAAUUUUUAUGUACACGAGCUGGACUUUACAAUAAUGCCACACAACCAGAACAAGUCCUGAAUGUUGCACCCGACUCUGGAUACAUCGCUAUUGUAACAAUUCUCAUUGCUACGUUGCUGUUGCUCGUCUUAACAGUCCUGGCUGUGUUUGUCUACCGACAUUAUGUUCACAAAAAUCUAACGUCUAUAAACUUUGAUAAUCCCGUAUAUCGUAAAACAACAGAGGAUCAAGUGCGUUUGAAGAAAUCGCUUUCGCCGAUAAUAUAUCCAAGUACAGUAGGAGAGGAACUGCGCGCCUUAGCGCAAGAUUGUCCAAUAUAAAUAAAGAAUAUAGUAUAGCAAAGAAUAAAAGUAAAUGAAGUGAAUCAGAUGGAUAAUGUAUUUUAGCGAUAAUAUUUUUCAAAAAGACGAAGAAGACAAGAAUGGAAUGAAGGAAGUGUGACAGCUCUUGUGACCAUCAUCACUUUUAAUGGGAUGACAUCAGCAUCGAUGCUUCUCUCCAACCUUUAAAAAAAUCCAUUCUUUGUAAAAGCAAACAACAACAACAACAAAAAAACACAAAAAUUUUCUUAUUUUUCAUUAAGACUUCGUAAAAAAAAGAAAGAAAUGAUGAUGAACAUUUUUGUAGUGAUAUCAGGAACAUUUAAUUUCCCCCUCCCUAGUAGGUUAAGGAUAUAAAUAAUUUAAUAAGAUAAAUUUAAAAAAACCACAUUAAAGAAGAAAAUUUCGGAUGAAUUUAAAUCGUCGUUAACUCGAAAAAAUAUAUAAAAACUCAUUCUUCAAGCGUUUAACGUAAUGAAAAUGUGCGAGAGAUUCUUAUGGUUUCUAAACUAAGGCAAUUGUGCUAUAAUGAUGAAAAAACAACGAAAUUUUCAUCCUUAAAAAAACUCUUAUAAAAUAUAGAAGUAUAAAAAAAUUGUAAAUAUUUGAUUGAGCACCCUUUCAAAUUCUCUAGAUAUAUAGAACUCUUAAUCCUUCUUUCUUUGUCUCUCUUUCUUGUUCAAAUCAUUCAGUUCAUUUCCGUUUUUGUUAAUUUCCCUCCCGAAAAAAAAAAUUCAUCUCUACAAAUUUGCAUUUUCAUUUUCACCACAUUUUUAAUAGAGCCAAGAAAUUCAUUAAUUAAAAUUUUUCCUACCGC